AUGCGUGAUUGGUUCACGCAGGGCUUCUUCCCAAAUGGUGAGGAACUUCUGAUCAGGUUGCCUCAUUGGGAACGCCAUGUCGCUUUGAAGAUGGUGUGGCCCGAUGUUUCUGAGGCUUUCCAGGGAAUGCCACGGUCAUCUCCGCCGGGGCCUCCUACACAGGUUGGAGAAGUUGAAGGCUUCGACCCGUAUGGGGACCUUCAGUCUGGAAUGAUUGGCACAAGGAGGCCUUCCGAGGAGUCUCCGUAUCUUGCGGCCGACAUGUCGCAGAUGGGAGGGUGCAGAUUCUGGGGAGCGAACGGCGUCGACGGCGGUGCUGUGGGGAAUGGAGUGAUGGGAAUGCCAGGAGAGCUACUAGACGGAGUGCCGAUGAGUGGUGGCAUGCGGCCCAUAAACUCAGCCCUCGGCAUGUCCGGUGGAAUGCAGACCGGUGGCAUGCCGGGCAACGUUGUGGCAAUGUCGACAAUGCCUCGUAUGGUGCAAGGUGCGCCUGGUGCCUCCACAGAAGCUGUCAUGGCACAGGGCUGUGCCGUUGAUGGCCAAUUUGCAUACCCUGGCUUCCAGGGACAAGGGAUGAUCCUGCAGCCCAUGCAGACGUUUCCUGGUGCACAGUUGCACCUGGUACCGGUAGCCUCAGCUGCUGCCGGGAACAACACCCGCUUCCGUGGCAGAAUAAAGUCGUUCAAUGCGAAGCAAGGAUUCGGCUUCAUAGAAAACUCAGAGGCAUUCGCAAUCUUCGGCAGGGACGUCUUCCUCCACAAGGCACAGAUUGGCAACCUCAAAGUUGGAACUGAGGUGACCUACACAGUUGAGAUGAACAAGUUUGGUAUGCCUCAGGCACGCGAUCUGGCCACUCUGGAUGGGAAGCCUCCUGGCCCUCCGCCUGCAAGCGUUGCCAAGGGUGGAGCAAAGCCAAGACCGUCUGCCAAGAAGAAGCCGAAGGACGAAGACGGUGCCAAUCCGAGGAAAGCAGCGCCCAAGGCCGGUUCGGCGGAAAUGGCUGGCGCGACAAUGGGCCGUGCGGGCAGCGGUGAAGCGACCACUGCUCCCCUCGCCGCUGCAACAAACGCGGCUGCAGGCCCUGCAGAAAUGAGUGCGCAUGGAUGCUAG